AUGGACUCCGCCGAUUGGGGCCUCGAGGCGGUCGUGAGGAGCUGCGGCGGCUCGACCGUACUUCCCGCCUCGGAAGCAGAACCAGAGCCUACAGCCGCGCGGGCUGGCCGGGGAGUCGUCGCCCGUGUGGCAUCCUCCGGGGAGUUCGUCGGGCAACGGAUGAAGGCGGCUUCCUCGUCCUCGUCGUCGUUGUACGACGUCAUGGAGCGGCCUCGGGCGCCAUUUUCCAUCACGCCGUCGUCGACGUCCCGCGAGCGCAACGUGCCCAUCUCCUUCUCGACGUCCGGGCAGACGCUGCCGGGAAGGAAGCAGACUGGCCGGAAACCGGGCGUUGGCACUCCCACCCACAGGCGGCGGAAAACAAGCAAGAAGAAGGUGGUGCGGUUGGUGCCGGUGGCCCACGGCGGCGUCGCCAACAGCACCGCCGACGACCUGUGGGCGUGGCGCAAGUACGGCCAGAAACCUAUCAAGGCCUCCCCGUUUCCUCGAGCCUACUACAAGUGCAGCAGCCUCAGGGCGUGCACGGCGCGGAAGCUGGUGGAUCGCAGCCCGGCCAAGCCCGAGGUGCUCAUCGUCACGUACAUCGACGACCAUUGCCACGCUGUGCCCGUGCCGAUCACCACGCUCGCGCACCACCCACCCAAGUCACCGCGGGGCACGACGACGGCAGGCGAGGCGGUCUCAGUAUCGUCUUGCAUCGCUGCGGAGUUGGCGGACGACAAGUCCAAGCUCCGGGCACCCGUGGGGCUGGACGAUUUCUUCGGCUCUUUCGACGACACCGUGUUCUCGAGGACGUGGGCGACGACGUUUGUGGACGACGGGUUUCUUCCCUCUAGUUUGUGA